CCUUCAUCAGGAGCACACAAGCCAGCCGCACUGUGCAGCAGUUGAGGGCUAAUGUUAGAGAGAUGGAGAAGCUGUGUGGACGUGUCCGCCCGGAGGACGGCCCCGCCCUGGAGAGGCUGGUUCAGCCAAUCAGAGACCGAGCAUCUGCUGCCGCGCAAGACUUCCUACUGCUGCAUUCUAAMCCCGCCCCUCUKCCACAGGCACCACGCCCCCCAGAUCACUCAUCCACAGAUGGUUCCCAUGGUGAUGAUGUGGGCAGGGAGCCCCCUCCUGUCAAUCAAACGCAGCUCCUCCUCCCAGUGAUCCCCCUCAACGAGAGUGCUGCCGAGUCCUGGGACACCCUGGAGGAGGACCUGAAGGAGCUUAGCGGUUUGGUGACAGAGUUCUCUCUGCUGGUCCAUUCCCAGCAGGAGAAGAUUGACAGCAUAGAGGAGAACGUCAACACAGCAGCAGCCAACGUGGAGGAGGGGACCAGGAGCCUCGGGAAGGCGGUGGGCUACAGGCUGGCAGUGUUACCCGUGGCGGGGGCAGUGUUAGGGGGGGUGCUGGGUGGGCCGCUGGGCCUACUGGUGGGGUUCAAGGCAGCGGGGGUGGCAGCAGCGCUUGGAGGGGGGGCUCUGGGGUUUGCAGGGGGGAACCUGGUCCAGAAGAAACGCAGAGCUAGAGUAGAGUCCCAGAUGAACCAGCUCACUGCACCCCCUACAGAACCAGAACCACCGCUGGACAAGAACAAGUGACCUCUGAUUGGUCGUGAAGGGACGUCUGACCUCCAGAAGCUUACACUGGUCCAGGUACUGCCCGACUACACUGGUCCAGGUACUGCCCGACUACACUGGUCCAGGUACUGCCCGACUACACUGGUCCAGGUACUGCCCGACUACAUUGCAGACGCAUGCUAGAGCGUCUCUUUACUCUGGUAAUAAGGAACUCCUCCUCCUUCUCGCUGCCAAUAGACCGAGGAGAGGCCUACUGUGAAGAGAAGCCUGCCACUGGGAUCUACCACUACCCAAUCAAUAAGACUUUUAAACAUCGUAGGAGAGCCUUGUUAAGGACCUGAGUGUGAAAGGGAGGUGUGUGAAUGCUGUGUUAGUUGAGUGUGAUGUAUGUAUAUAUGAUGGGUCUGUUGGCUCUGUAUUUAAAACUUUAAAGCAACUGUCCAGUGUUUCCAGAUUUCUAUUAAAUAUGACCUACACAUUUUUACAAUAUAAAUGAAAUAGUUUUCCUUCCAAAAUCUUUAAAAUAUGUUAAAAAGCAGCUUUUCUGUGUUGGAAUGGUGUGGACGUAWACUGAUCUUAAAAAUAUUMAUGCGAGUAGACCGCUGAUUGGCCAGCUCAUCCUCCUUAGGAUGACAUCAUCCUCUAAGGAAACAGCAAAUUUUGAGAUACGUUUUUUUGUUCUACAAUUAAUAUUUUGCCCACAAAUACGAGUAUAGGAUGAGUCAACAUUAUUUGGGUAUGAGAUUACAGAACUUUCACUGCACAGUUACUUUAAGUGUAUGAUUAUAUAUUAUGAAAAGAUGUGCAUUAUUAGUGGCAAACAYUACAGCCUGCCUAGUUUUGUAACAUAAGUCAUGCUGUUUGGUGCCUUUUAGUACAGACGGAGAGAUGGUAGUUUUAAAGUCAUGUUAUUAUACUGUGUUUCUUGGACAGACUGUCUUAACUACCCUCAGUCUUUAUCAAAUACACACUCAGUGCCAAAGCCAGACACUGCCUGGGUCGAGCAGUCACCCAUCUCUCUCUCAUGAACUUAUUGAUGUUUGUCUCUGUGUUGAUCUGAGUCUGCUGCUCUGCUUAGAGUAUACAGCUCAUUAACAGAGGGAGGAGGGAGAGAAGAGAGAGGGAGGUAUAAACAGCAGUAAAUGUCAAGACUGUGUCCUGGUCUGAACCCUGCUGGAGAGGAGAGGCCUGCUCCCUCUGACAGACUGGAAUGUGUCAAUUUGACAGACUGGGGACCAGAGAAUGAGUGAUUGUGAUUGAGAAAGGUUAGGAGGAUAAACACAGCUGUCCUGAGUGUACCAGGUAGAAAGUUGUGAUGUGUGUGAGGACAAAGUUUCCCCUCUUAAAAGUGCCACCAGAGAAACAGGUCACACCUGAUGCCAUCUACUACAACAGUGACCUCUGAACUCAGACCGGGACCAACUAAAUAUGGAUGCUCUUAAAUCUAUGUGAUGAUUUACUGGGGUUUUAUAUUGCCAAAGAAAACCAAUAAAAUCUGCUUCUGAUGAAGGAA